GGGAAACGCGCUCAAAAACCAGCAAAAGAAUGCGCGCCGCGUUUUGGUUGUGGCAGCGUGACACCCUUUUUCGAGAUCGAGAUUCGAGAUGCGUUUUUGGCACCCUUCGCUGGUUCCGACACAAGAUCCUUGCGUACACACACAACGCAAGGCGACAAGCAAAGGUCUCCAACUCCGGCCAAAACAAAACGACCAACCAACAAUCAAACCAACCAACGAGCGGACAAAAAGGAUCGAUCCUGCCCGACACAACAAUGGCACACCGCGGGCUUUCUUCGGUGGCUGCGCAGGUCCUCCUGCUGCCGAUGCUGCUGUUGCUGCUGUGCCUCGGCCGGGGUGCCGAUGGCUUUGCCACCACCCGGUGGAGGCCGGGGACGCGUGUCGCGGAGCCCAUGGCGGCAGCGGUGGCUCGGUCGCCCCCGGUCCCCUUCUCGCCGACCACUCGUUCGGGGGCUCGGAACUUGGCGCUGUGCUCGUCCCCGCCUUCGGGCCGCGAAAGCAUCAAUGGCCGCGAAAGCAUCAAAGGGGGUAGGCUCCGGCGGGCCCUCUCGGCCUUUGCGCUCCUGGCGCCCGCCUGGACCCUCCUGGCGGCGGUGGCCGCCACCUCCCACGCGGAGGCCUGCUCCGGGACCCUCGGCUCCCUCCCGGUGAUGCAGAGGGCCUACGCCCUGCUCAUGUUCGUCACGGGCCUGGGGGUCUCCCCCUCCGACGUCCGCAGGGCCGCGGCCGACCGCCUCGUGCUGGGGACCAACGCCCUCCUCUGCUUCGGCGCCAUGCCCCUCCUGGCCGUUGCGGUCUCGGCCGCCCUGUCCUACCCCCCGGCGAUCGCGCGGGGCCUGGUGCUGCUGGGCUGCGUCGGAGGGGGCCAGGCCUCCAACCUCUUUUCCCUCCUGGCGGGCGGGGACGUGGCCCUCUCGGUGGUCUGCACCCUCUCCACGACCCUGCUGGGGGUGGCGGCGACCCCCCUGCUGGUCCGGUGCCUAAUGGGCACACCGGUCGGGGUGGACGGCCCCGGGAUCCUGCGGUCCAUCGGCGGGCUCGUCCUGGUCCCCCUCUGCGCCGGCUCGGGCCUCUCGGGGGUCCUCCCCCCCCGGACCCGCACGGCCCUGUCGGGGGUCCUCCCCUCCCUCGGCGUCCUGGCGACGCUGGUCCUGGUGGCGGGGGGGUCCUCCGGGGCGGCGGCCUCCCUCGGGGGAGGCUCGGUGGUGUCCCUCCUGGCCCCCUCGGUCCUCCUGGCGGCCCUCGGGGGGGCCCUGGCCAUGGGCGUGGGAGGGCUCCUGGGGCUGGGCGAGAAAUCCUCCCGGACCCUCUCGAUCGAGACCCUCUCCAAGUCGCCGACCCUGGCCUGCGUCCUGGCCCUCGAGCACUUUCCGGAGGGGACGGAGGCCGUCCCGGCCGGGGCCAUGGUCACCCUGGCGGUGGUCGGGGCCCUGGUGGCCUCGGCCUGGUCCCUGGCGGACGCCAAGGCGGCCCGGGACCAAAAGGGCGAAUAGCCGGCACGACGACGACGCCGCAGGUCCGGAGUGCGUCUGCGCGUGC